AUGAAUCGAAUGGAGGGCGCGAAGAAGACCAAUGCCAGGCCGCGUAGAAAUGAGGACGCAGAAUACUUUGAUGCACGCUUCAAAGUUAUCCUGUUGGGCGAGUCGGGUGUUGGGAAGACCUCACUCAUUCGGUCUGCAAUGGGGCAGGACUUUAACCCCUCCAUGAUCUCAACUAUUGGUAAGAGUUUAGUUUGGACUGAAAUUACUGCUAGAUAG